AGCGUCUUGUUUGGCAACCUGGAAAUUACAAUAAAAAAACUGCGUUUUCACAAUGGCAGAGUUUAAAUGGCUUUUCCACUUAUUGUAAGAAAUCCUAGUACUUUCCACACUCACCAAUUCACCGCCUCCUCUUCCUUCAGAACCAAAUCUCUUUCCCUCCUCAAUUUCGCAAAGAUGGAAGGAAGUGAAAUCACUGAACAAGUUACAGGGAAAGUAGUGGAAGAUGAUGAUUUGAUUUUGAAGAAGAAAGUUUUUGUUGCUGGUGCUACUGGUAGCACUGGGAAAAGAAUCGUUGAACAGUUACUUGCUAAGGGUUUUGCUGUUAAGGCUGGGGUUAGAGAUUUGGAAAAGGCUCGGACCUCAUUUUCAUCUACCAAUCCAUCUCUUCAAUUUGUUAAAGUUGAUGUUACAGAGGGUUCUGAUAAGCUAGCCGAAGCUAUUGGCGAUGAUACAGAAGCAGUAGUAUGUGCCACAGGCUUUCGGCCAGGGUGGGAUUUGCUUGCUCCAUGGAAGGUUGACAAUUUUGGCACUGUCAACCUUGUUGAAGCAUGCAGGAAAGUCAACGUAAACAGAUUCAUUCUUAUAAGCUCCAUUUUAGUCAAUGGAGCAGCUAUGGGGCAGCUACUCAAUCCAGCUUACAUCUUUCUCAACGUUUUUGGACUCACAUUAGUAGCAAAGUUACAGGCAGAAAAUCAUAUCAGGAAAUCUGGUAUAAAUUACACAAUUAUAAGACCUGGAGGGUUGAAAAACGAUCCUCCUACCGGAAAUAUUGUUAUGGAGCCAGAGGACACCCUUUAUGAAGGUUCCAUAUCCAGAGAUCAAGUUGCAGAGGUAGCUGUGGAAUCAUUGGCUUAUCCUGAGUCAGCUUAUAAAGUCGUGGAGAUAGUUGCUCGACCUGAUGCUCCUAAACGCGCAUACCAUGAUCUUUUUGGUUCCAUAGUUCAACGAUGAUAUCUGAGAUUAGGACUUGGUUGCAGAUUAGCAAAUCGCUUUCUGGUGGAAAAUUUGUAUUUUACUCUUUGUUAAAGUGUGUCACGUUCAUUGAAUUGUA